GUUUGACUUAAACCAAACCAAAAAAAAAAAAAAAAGUGCUUUUUUUUUUAAAAAAAAAGGGGAGGGGGAGGAAUCAGACGUUAAAUUCUUUUGCAAACAUUCAUGCCUUAGGAAGGGCUGCAACAGGCAGCCCCGGCCGCCGGAACCGGUCGGACAGGUAGCGAGCUUGUUGACACCGUUAUGUUGCAGGGCGCAUGCUCACUCCCAAGUUUCCUGGUGCCUUCUCUAUUCCACCUUAUGAAACUUUUUCCCGGCGUGGUCUCACCCGCGAUUUAAGGCAUAGGUGUCGCCGAGCCGGGCGUCUGGGAGUCGCUGGGCGUGCGGGGGCGGAAGAGGCCUGGGCCGCGCCGCCGCGGGGUUGGAAAGGGCGGGCGAAGCGGGAAGGUGGGCUCUGAGGUACCGCGCCGUCGCCGAAGCUAGCGGGGAGCAGUCGGGGGGAGGGUACACCCACCAUGCCCAAAGUCUUCUUGGUGAAGAGGAGGAGCCCGGGGGUCUCGGUGCGAAGCUGGAAUGAACUUCCGGAUGAGGAACGAGCAGACACCUACAUCCCAGUGGGCCUGGGCUGCCUGCUCGGAGACCCUCCCGAGGACUGCCGCAGCGACGGCGGCAGCAGCAGCAGCAGCAGCAGCAGCGGCAGCGGCGGUGGCGGCGGGAGCAGCAGCGCGGGGGAACCCGCAGGCGCCGAGAGCAGCUCGUUCCCGCACGCCCCGGAGCCCGGCGACGCCGAGGGCCUCGAUGGACACCUGGCGGCGAAGCAGCACCCGGUUGCCAGGUCGAAAAUCAAGUUCACCACAGGCACGUGCGAAGACGCAGUACUCCACAGCUGCGACCUCUGUGGCAAGAGCUUCCGCCUGCAGCGCAUGCUCACCCGUCACCUCAAGUGCCACAACCAGGUGAAGCGGCACCUGUGCACCUUCUGCGGCAAGGGCUUCAACGACACCUUCGACCUGAAGAGGCACGUGCGCACACACACAGGGAUCCGCCCCUACAAGUGUGAGGUCUGCCACAAGGCCUUCACGCAGCGCUGCUCCCUGGAGUCGCACCUGAAGAAGAUCCACGGCGUGCAACAGCAGUAUGCCUACAAGCAGCGCCGCGACAAGCUCUAUGUGUGCGAGGACUGUGGCUACACGGGGCCUACCCAGGAGGACCUGUACCUGCACGUGAACAGUGCCCACCCAGGCAGCGCGUUCCUCAAAAAGACCUCCAAAAAACUCGCAGCCAUUUUACAGAGCAAGCUGGCACCCACACACCAGGAGAGCAUCAGCUUGAGUGAGGAGGAAGAGAAGAAGUGAGGGGGAGGGGCCUCAGAGCCACCUGCAACACAGACUGGGUCUUGCAGGGGCCCUCGUCCUCCACCCCAGCUGCUUUCCCCGACGGGUGUUGAGCUCAACAGUUGUGUGUCCACCUGUCCUUUGGACAUGGGGGCAGUAGGAUCCGUCCAGAGUGUGAGUUCACGUCCUGUUGAACACAGUUGUGUGUGGCCAAGUCUGAUGUCCACACCCCUUGCUGGCCGAGACACCCAUGCAGGAUCUUUGUUGUUGUUUUUGAGUGUGCGUGUGUGGGUAUAGGUUUCUCACGUGGCUGGAGAGGCAUUCCUAGAGAGAUGAUUACUUUAUGGUGCCUUGAAAUAAAUGUUCUUCCACUUGAUGUGUGGAUUUAAGCAAAGAAAAGCGUUUAUCAUGCUGAGUUUACAGAAAUUAUUUUAAUAAACGAAAUGUUCUUGUGCAGCUUC